UGGUUUUACUUUCAUCUCAAUUCUCAUUUCGAGUUGUCUUCGAUGUUUAAUUAUUUCUCUUCCUCUCUGUUCUUCCCGCAUUCAAUAUCUCAUACACAUGUUAAUUAAGACUGGUUAUCACUGUCAACUCAAAUUCUCAGGUUUUGGUAAUUGGUGGUUGUUGAUCAACUCUUUCUUGAUCCAAUGCAUGUGAGUAGAGGAGGUUGGGUUGGGCCAACAUUUGCUUUAGCAAAGUUUGAUGAUUCUUUUGAAGGGAAGAAAUCAGUAAUUCGGCGUUCAAAAGAGGAAAGGAAAGGAAUGGUUGAGACUUUUAUCAAAAGAUACCAGAAAUCAAACAAUGGAGAUUUUCCAUCACUGAAUCUGACACGUAAGGAAGUUGGUGGGUCCUUUUACACUGUGCGUGAAAUCGUUCGGGAGAUAAUUCAAGAAAACCGGGUGCUGGGCCCACCUAAGUCAACUCCAGGUGAUAAAAACAUGGAGAAACUAGAUAGUUUCUUAGAACACAACCCAUUGGGUUCAAUGUCUGUUGAUCUCCAUGUACAUAUGGUAACUCAAGAAGGAUCUAUUGUUGAUGAUCAAAAAGAUGGAUUAGUAACAAAUCAAUCAGAAAAACACGAAAUAUCAGAAGAUAUAGUUGUAGGAGCUUCUUCUUCUUCUUCUUCUUCUUUAGGACAUGUAACCAUGGAGGAAAAGGAUACUGAGAACAGGGAAGUGGUAGAUAUACAGUUGGAGGAAGAAAAUCAUAAGAAUCAAAAUCAUACCUCAACUGAAGAAAACAUAGAUGUUAAACUUGAAGAUAGUCUUCCUGUUGAAGAAAAACAGAAUGUAAAUGGUGCAUACACUCCGAAUCUCCACACCAUUUCUGUACAAGAAUUGACACUUGAAGAUGAUGAUGAAAGAAAUGCAAAUUUGAUCAAAUCAAGUGAUCACAGCAGUUCCCAAAAGAGAAGAACCACAGCAACAUUAAACAGAAUAAAUCUUGAGUCAUGGGAAGCUGCAUCCAAGAAAUCUAGUGGCCAAGAAACUCACCGAUUUGUGACAUUCAUCAAGGCUUUCAUUACUGCAUUUGUCAAGUUUUGGUCCGACGACUAGGAUAUUAUAUAUUUGUAAAAUUAUCUUAUCAGUUUUAACUUUAGUAAAAUGAUUAUUUAUUUGAUUUUGAUUUGUAAAAUUAUCUGAUUUAAUCUUUGUUAACGUCGUUUUUAUC